UACAACGUAAUAAGAAUAUAUUAAUAUCAUACUGAGUAUUUUUUUUUUUUUUUUUAAGUGCUAAAGAGUUUUUUGACUGUCUUUUUUAAACUUACACAUCAUUUAACUAAAAAUAACUAUGAAAUUGUGUUCAGUUAUUUUUCUAUUUUUUAGUGUAUAUUCAAUACAUUUUUGUAAGGCAAAUGUUUCUUAUAAAACUUAUGUUAUUAAUGUAUUGAACCACAUUCGAAAUGAAAAAACAUUUGAAUCAUUACAACACAUUGUGAUUAAAGACACGGCUAUUGUAAAUCCAAUUGAUUACUGGGAUUUUAAUAAACCUGUUACUGAUUCUUCAGUCGCAUUGACACUCAAAUUUAUGAUACACUUACUAAAUUACAGAUUCGGCGAGAUCCUUCAAGUAUUUCAGAAUAAAUUUUUGUUUGCUAUAGAAAAUUGUCAAAGAUCAUUUGAUAAUCAACAAUUUGAUAAUUUCGUUAUAUGUGUUCAGCAAAUGUAUGACACAAUAAAAAAUUCAAGAACAAUGUUUAAAAGCUUGUAUGAUGCUGUAGAGUUUUUGUAUAAUUUAGAUUUCAAACUUAUAGAUCCUUUAAUAAACGUCCCUGAGUCAACGCUUGAGAUUUUUCAAGUUUACAAAGAUUUCACUGAGUCGAUAGCAUCACAAAUGCCACCACAAUUCGUGGACGAAAAUCAAAACCCAAAUUAUGAUAUAGUAUACAAUGUACAUAUAACCAUGACAAAUUUUUUCAAUAAUAUAUAUGUACCAACUACGAGUUCACUUUGCUUGAUCAAUUAUCAAUAUUGUGGAGUUUUUUCUGAAAAUGUACCAUUUGAUUUAUUAAUUGUGUAUGGUGGCGUAGAAAAGCUUAACGAAUUUUCUAUUAUUUAUUCUGAUAUAACAUUAGUUUGUGACGACCUUAAUUAUUUGUGUACAUAUGCUAUCGAAUAUAUAUAUAAAACCUUGGGAUUUGAAAAAUUGUUGUAUGAAAAUAACAAUACAAUUAUACCACCUUUGUUAAAUGAGAAAAUGUGUCGAGAAAAAGUUAUUGUGUUAAUAAAUAAUAUAAUAAAAUAUGCAAAACAAGAGUUUCAACACAUAAAAAUUUUCUCAAGGAAAGACGGUUAUAUUAGUUCUGAAUCUAUAUUACAAGGUGAGAUUAACAACUUCAAAAUUUAUCGAAUUAAACAGAUUCAAGUCUCUCAGCUAAUACGAUGUAGGUUUACUGAAAUAUUUCAAAAUUAUUACAUAACAUUGAAUGUUUUAAUUAAAAUAUGUAGCAAUAAUGAAGUACAAAAUAGUUCAUUAUUCAUUGACUAUUUAAGUCAACUUUACAUUACUAUCCAAAAAGCACAUAUUUUGUUUAUUAGUAUGCUACCGAUUGUGGAAACAUUUAAAAAUGGAUCAACAAGUUUGUUUAAUCCUGGACCUAAAUGGAGUUUAGAGUUUCAAAUUAGGGAGUAUGUUAAUUUUAUUGAAAAUUUAAACAAUAUGAUGAUAGCAAAUACAGAAAAUAUAUACGAUGUAAAUGGCCUCCCCAAUUAUAAAAGCAUAUUUAAUUACUACACACAGAUUUAUAACUUUUGGUCGACUAACGUUUCUAUAAAUUGGCUUUCAUUUUAUGAGCGUACGUCUGUAUAUUGUGAAUUACAAUCUGACUUCUUUAAAAAUCCUGAUAUAAUGACUGAUCAUUUCUUGAAAAGUAAUCCUACAGGUUAUCAAGAUAUAGGAGAAAUAUUCAUUCCCAUAUGCAAUUAUUUCACUAAAUAUGUUGAAAUUAUUAUCGAAAAUGACUUAAUGAAAAUAAGUCUCGAAUAAAAAAUGUAUUUUAAAUAAAUACUUUGUAUUAAAUUCCAAAAAAAUGUUAUUAUAUUGUUAAUUAUAUCAACCUAUGGUAUUUGUGGAAAACGCUUUAAUUAUAAAUUGCUAAUUUUUUUACUUUUCAAAUAAUUAAGCUAGAAAAACUUUUUCUUGUUAGUAAAAAUUAUAUCAUAUUGCUAUAUAAGAGUUUUUUAGAGAAGUUAAUUUAAAAAAAAAUUAAUUCAAUAUAUACGGGCAAUACUACGUGUUAGUAUAUUUUAACAAAAUUUAAUUUCUACGUUAAUAUUAUUCAAAAGAAGUUUUUAAAUAUUUUGGUAAAAAAAAAUAAAA